AUGUCACUACAUAAUAGCUUCAUGUCACAGCACCCCAAUGGAAGGGCUAUGUCAGCGCAUGCAUUCUCAGCGGUUUCACAGGAGCCUCACUUGAGCGGCGAUUUCACAUGCGGCACACCCCGUUUGGCAGUUUCGUGGUCGCCACAACAAGCAGUUCUGGCGGAGUACGAUCAAGCCCGAAUAUUGUCUCAUGGCGCCAUCCGUCCAGGCCAGCAACGUAAGCAUCGUAGCUGGCCACCCGACUCUCACCAGAGAGCUCAAGUCAUGGUCCAUUUCAACGAUGGCAUCCUGGAUAUCCCAAGCCCCACGGUUCUUAGCUCCAUGGCCACGUCGUAG